CGUAGUUCAGAUCUCGAGAUGAUAACGCGUGUAUACGUCAUCGGUAAAGUUAUACACAUUUGCCGUAAAACUUACCGUUCACGGAAUUUUUGGAAUUACUAAGUGUCUGAUAAUGAAAUAAGUUGCGGAAAAUCCUCAAUGAGUAAUUUUAUUUUAAUUGUAUACACAACACACUUAUUACCUCGAUGUACAAAAAAAAUGUCAUCAGUGCCAUAGCAAAACACGUGACGAAAACGUGAAAUAAUUUAAUGAACGUUAAAAAUGUGGAAAUUGUUAUGUUUAUUGAUAAUCAUAUCAAAUAGUGCAUCACAGAAUUUAACGUGUGACGAAAAUAACGUCGUGGAUAUAACAACUGGAAAUCGUUUUCCAAAUGGUGACAUUUACUACGAUGGCCAUACGUACACCCCGUCUGAAUAUAUCACUGAUAAUGGAACGAUCUCAUCCUGUUUAUGUUUGAAAGAAAUAUGUAUCCUAAAAUGUUGCCCACAUGGAAUGGGGUACAAUUCAAAGAUCAAACGUUGUGAAGAAGUAGCGGAACCGUUUAACAUUCGAGUUGUAGACGAGUAUUUGAGAGUACAAAGUCACAAUAUAUCAGACUAUUUUCACAUUGAUUUCCAAAAACCACAGUGCCUUGAUAAUGAAAAUCGCAUACGAUUGAAGCAACUGUAUAAAAAAAGAAUUGAAGUAAGAUCUGAUGGACAGUUGUACAUCGAGGACCAAUCCUCCAUCCCACCUCGGAUCUUGCGAGGUCCUGACAAGUACUGCGUUGACACGUUCAUUCAUGAAGAUUACGAUGGUAACAGAGCGACUAGUUUUGACGCUUUGGUCUGCUUCAUGAAGGAAAAGGAAGAGGAACAUUAUGUUUUCAGUUCAACUUGUAUGAUAAUAUCGUGCGUGUUCAUCCUGGCGACUGUGGCGGUGUACGGCUGGUUGCCCGAGCUACGCAACCUGCACGGUCGCGUGUUGAUGGCGUACUUGCUCUGUUUGUUCGUCGGAUUCGUCGGCAUGGCAACCAUGCAGAUAUUGUUGAAAAUAGAUAACAUUGCUGUCAAAACUUGUGUUGGUCUCUCGAUCACGAUCUACUUUUCGCUGCUGGCUGCUUUCUUCUGGUUGAACGUGAUGUGCUUCGACAUUUGGUGGACGUUCAGCGGUAAACGCGGUAUGAUCGUGGAAAAUUUGUCAAUGCAAGCUAAAUUCACUGCGUAUUCGGUAUACGCUUUCGGCUUCCCAACUGCGCUCACCAUUCUAAUGGUUGCUCUGGAGUUCUCUGGCCUUCCACCACAUCCUCUACUACCACUGUUGAGACACCAAGGAUGCUUCUUAACUGGUAAAAGCAGAUUGCUGUAUUUAUACGGUCCGAUAGUAAUUCUAUGGUUUGCAAACAUGGCGUUCUUUGUACUGACUGCAGUAAAGAUCGCAUCAAUUAAAAAGGAAGUUUCUGUCCUGAAACGCAAAGAAAGUGCCAGACAUGACAAACAGAAUAAAGAAAGACAGAGGUUGCUUCUUUACGUCAAGUUAUUCAUCGUGAUGGGUAUCAAUUGGCUACUGGAGGUGAUCAGUGCCCUUUAUCCAAAGGCUGAUUACAUCUGGCGCUUUGUUGACUCGUACAACGUCCUUAUCGGUCUCAUUAUUUUCAUCAUAUUUGUCUGCAAACGCAAGAUCUUCGGUCUAAUGAAGAAGAGGAUCAAAGAAGGUAUACUACGGAGAAAACAAGAAAUGGGAAGCAUGACAGUGUAUCAUAGAAACGAAAUUGUACAUAAUCUCAGGAGCUACAAGCAAAGAGAUAGCUUAGUCACAAUAAGAACUAACUGUCCCGAAAGUGGCAGUAUCAGAACGACAAACUUAUAACGAAGACGGAUCUUCAAAAACCCCACGACUUUUGCAUCAUAAUUUAAUAAUGGAUACUAUAAAGUAAACUAUGAUAAGUUAGUUUAAUGAGAGUCAGAAAUGAAAUGUCUGAAGAGUUCAAUCGAAUGAAUGGCUGCUAAAUGACAUACGUUAAGAAAAAUCAAAGAAGGAAUCAAUAACAGUAACAAGAUACUUACUUAAUCGCGGAGGUCAACUAUCAAAAAGCCUAACAACAACGAAAACUUUAUCCGUUCGAGAUGAAGUGGUCCUGAACAACCGAAAUUAGAAUAAAUAAUUUAAAAUGAUUCGAUUUUAAACUUCAAUAUUCGUCAUAAAUUUUUAUUUGUUGUACACUUUGUACUUAAAUAUGAUAUCGCACACAAUGUUUGUAUAUUUAAUCUAAAUCACUUUAUGAAUGCUUCGCUUUUAGUCCUUCGUUACUAUUUUUUGCAUUAUUUUUUUCUUGGAUAUAGACUAUAGGCACCAAAUACAAAGCAACAUAUUUAAGAUUAUUUUUGAUACUUGAAAAGAAUCAUAAAAUGUCAUGUAAUAGUUUAAAGUUCAUUUACACGUAUAUUAGGAACAAAAGAACGACAAUUUUGAAACCCAACAAUAUUCCAAUAUUUUAUUUUAUUUUACUUUUGUUCUGAGCAAAGCUGUAAUAACUGUAAAUAGUAAAGAAUACUACGAAAUAGUAUAGUAAGUAUACUUAAAGUGUAUUUAGAUUAAAAUACGUUGUCAUCAAGUGUCAUCAAGUGGUGAAUUAAGCUCCGAUUCUUCUCACAUAUAGAAAAAAAGGCCUAUGACCAGCUUUGAGAUGUUAUAGGCUUAAUAGAUAGGUAAAUUGAUAGAUAAGAUAUACGUUAAGUCAAUAACUAUUUAAUAUGAAUGAAUUAAGUAAUUUUAUUUAAAAACAUAUUUAUGCCUGCAUAACUUUUAAAAUGUUUGGGCCGGGUUUUUUUUUUUCAAAUGCCUCUGAUUGUGGAUGUAUGAAACACAAUUAUUCUAAGAUAUUGGAAAAGCUUUUGACUUUAAGCAUCUAUACCAAAGUUAUAGAAUCAAUAAAUGUACAUAAAAUUUUUGGAUAUACUUGAAACCCAGUCAUUUUUAUUGUUCUUCAUUAAAUAUUUUAUACAAUUUAAUAAUGAAAUAUAUAUUUAAGAAUU